CCGUACAUGACAGGAGCGGACAGGGCUGAGCCUCGCAUGGGCGUUUCAAGUCUGCAAAUGUCAGGUGCCCGUCCGAAGGUAAGGGGCCAGUGGGGACAUAAUGUCAGGCCAGAUAUGAGUGACCAGUGGGGGCAUAGUGCCGGGCCCCAGUUUAGUGACCAGUGGGGGGAUUACCCAUACUAUCCGUCCGGUCAGAAAAUGACCAACAAAUAUGGGGGGAAGAAUCAGGAAAGGAGAAUGUUGCGAGAGAGGCAGCGAGAAAGAGAAAUGAGGAGACCCAAUCAGGCAUAUUUGAAUUCCACCUUCGAUCUGGAUGACCAUGACAUUGAAUAUAUUUCUGCAUAAUCAUCCACAGUAUUUUUUUUAACAUAAUCAUGAAUGUGCUGGCAUUUUUUCUUGAUUCCAUCCAGACCAGAAAUUCAAGUUUUUCCUGUUGAUACUUUUAAUUUUUACCUGCAGC